GCGCGCUGGAGGCUGGCCGUGAGCGCAUUUUCACUGCCUUGAAGAGAGUGGAGAAGAGCAGCUCUGUCAAGUGUCGGCGUCGCAGCUCGCAGGAGUCACCAUGUCACUGUUUGACGGCCUUAAGAACACCGACAUGCGGGUGAAGCUGCCCGUAGUGUGCUUCAUCUGGGAACUUGCUAUGAUCAUCCUCUUUGGGGUAUUUAUUCGAUACAACCCUCAGGCAGAUGCCCAUUACAUCGUAAACAACUCUAACACUACCUAUCUGAACGAAUUUUAUUUCAGGUAUCCAAGCUUCCAGGAUGUUCAUGUCAUGAUAUUUGUUGGCUUCGGCUUCCUUAUGACUUUUCUGCAACGAUACAGUUUUAGUGCAGUGGGCUUCAACUUUCUGGUUGCUGCCUUUGGAAUUCAGUGGGCUCUUCUAAUGCAGGGCUGGUUUGGGUCUUUAGACUAUUCCACUGGAAAGAUCCUUAUUGGAGUAGAAAACUUGAUCAAUGCAGACUUUUGUGUAGCCUCUUGCUUGAUAGCAUAUGGAGGAGUGCUUGGGAAAACAAGUCCUGUUCAGCUCAUGAUUAUGACACUUAUUGGAGUAACACUGUAUGCAGUGGAAGAAUACAUCAUCUUAACAUUGCUUAAUGUUCGAGAUGCUGGAGGCUCCAUGGUGAUUCAUAUUUUUGGAGCUUACUAUGGUUUAGCUAUCAGUCGUGUUCUUUACAGACCUAAAUUGAAUCAAGAGAAAAAUGGCUCAGUCUACCAUUCAGAUGUCUUUGCUAUGAUCGGAACCUUGUUCUUAUGGCUGUUCUGGCCAAGCUUCAACUCUGCCAUUUCAAACACUGGGGAUGGUCAACACCGAGCCAUGAUUAAUACCUAUGUGUCGUUAUCUUCGUCAGUUGUAACUGCUGUUGCUAUCUCUAGUUUGACACAGAAGAAAGGAAAGCUUGACAUGGUGCACAUUCAGAAUGCAACAUUGGCAGGGGGUGUUGCCAUGGGAACAGCUAGUGAAAUGAUGGUGUCUUGUUAUGGUGCCUUGAUUGUUGGAUUUUGCUGUGGCAUCAUCUCCACAUUAGGAUUUGUCUACUUGACUCCUUUACUGGAGUCUAAACUGCACAUCCAGGACACCUGUGGCAUCCAUAAUCUUCAUGGUAUGCCCGGGUUGAUUGGUGGCAUUGUGGGGGCAAUCACAGCAGCUGCUGCCACAGAAGCAGUUUACAGCAGAGAAGGAUUGGUCAGUUUAUUUAACUUUAAUGGUGCAUUUGCAAAUCGUUCUGCCAGCACACAAGGUGGAUAUCAAGCAGCAGGAAUUUGCAUUGCUUUGGCUUUUGGACUUGUUGGGGGGACAGUAGUUGGUUUCAUUUUAAAGCUUCCCUUCUGGGGAGAUGCACCAAAUGAAAAUUGCUUUGAGGAUAACAUAUAUUGGGAGGUUCCUGAGGAGGAGGAGGAGGAGGAUAAGAAGAGUUCACUAGCAGGUUCGACAUACGUCAACCAUGGAAACAACAAACCGGCUGAACCUUGAAUGCAAGAGCACUGAAGAUAUGAAAGGUUGUCACUGAAGCAGUUAUUUCACCAGUCCUGUGUUUCUUCCGGCCUGAUUCUUUUGCUGCACACACCCCUUCUUGUUGACAAUGGAUGGGAUGUAAAAUCAUGAUUGGAAUUAUGAUUUGAAAACUUUAUGUGUCCUUGGACAUAUUCACCACCUUUUUGUUUAAUUUUAUAUACAGUAAGUACUUGACUUGUUUCAUACUGCUGGACGCAACCAAGUGCAGAAAAGGAGCCUCAGUUAUAAUGUGAUGUUACAAAGAACUGCAAUAAUCAAACAGCUGAAAUCCAUACAGGAAGUCAAUUCUAAAAAGCCUAAAUGUUAAUGGUUGAUUAUUAUGUUUUUCAUAUUUUCUUUAAAUAUAAUUUAUAUACAGGUGUAUAUUUAAAGGUCAUUCCAUUUUUCUUUGUAAAGCAAGUGCUGAAAAAUCUUGCUCAAAAUGAUCUUUUCCAAUAUGCAUUUAAACAUAUUGUUAUAGGCCUACAUUUUCAUUUUUAAAUUAAUAUCUUGUAUUUAGUUAAAGUAAUUCACAUGCAUAAUUUAGCUACACAACACUCACCAUAAUCCCACAGCUCUGUUUGAUCAUUCAGACACAUAAUAUAGAAAAUGCAGCCAUUCUGUAACUGUAAAGGAAAACUUUACUAUUGGGUUUAUGUGUAUACGGUAGGGGCGGCACGAUGGCGCAGUGGGUAGCGCUGCUGCCUCGCAGUUGGGUGAUCUGGGGACCCGGGUUCGCUUCCCGGGUCCUCCCUGCGUGGAGUUUGCAUGUUCUCCCCGUGUCUGCGUGGGUUUCCUCCGGGCGCUCCGGUUUCCUCCCACAGUCCAAAGACAUGCAGGUUAGGUGGAUUGGCGAUUCUAAAUUGGCCCUAGUGUGUGCUUGGUGUGUGGAUGUGUUUGUGUGUGUCCUGCGGUGGGUUGGCACCCUGCCCAGGAUUGUUUCCUGCCUUGUGCCCUGUGUUAGCUGGGAUUGGCUCCGGCAGACCCCCGUGACCCUGUGUUUGGAUUCAGCGGGUUGGAAAAUGGAUGGAUGUAUACGGUAGUUCUGGUUACAGAGGUUCAUAUUUAUUACCAAACUCCAUUUUAAUUAAACAAUCUACCUGAGAUUGUGUAUGUAUGUAUAUUAUAUUAUAUUAUACAGUAUAUAUAUAUAUAUAUAUAUAUAUAUAUAUAUAUAUAUAUAUAUACACACACAUUUUUUUUUUAAUAAAGUCCCAAUUGAGUUUAUAUAUUUGUAAUCUAAGGGCCAAGAGAAAGAAUACUAAAAAAUACAAAAUUAUAUCUGCCUUGAAUGUAUUAUCUUCUUCUUCUUCUUCUUUCGGCUGCUCCUGUUAGGGGUUGCCACAGCGGUUCAUCUUGUUCCAUAUCUUUGAAUGUAUUAUCUUGCUUUCCAAAAAAAAAGCUUCUAUCCUUCUCCUCAUUCAGGAAACACCAUAGCGAGGCAUAAUUAGCUGUCAGUAGUCAGCUUUUUGGCCUGCUGAGUUACGCCACGAUGAGGGCUGAGGCCUUUGUUUUAACUCUUUCUGCAUUUCGAGAUAUCUGAUUCAGAAUCAGGACACUAUCCAGGAGAAACAACAGUUUAUUUUUUGAAUGUAUUGUGUAUGGUGGUACAACACAAUAUAAAGGUUCUUUGUUUAUGGGGGCACAGCAGAGCAGCAGAAAUCUCUGCGUGCCACACUAUACAUCUAAUUGAUUUGAACAAAUGUACCCCUCCUGCAUGCCAUCAAAGCCCUGUGUAGAUGUCACCCGCACUAGGGGCAGUACCAUUCAUUAAACCGAUGCUUCUCUGAGUGGUUUCGUCCUCCAUGAAGCCCUCUCAAAGCCUGGCAAAUCUGUAAUGAUUCAAAGUAUGAAGCCAUCAGUCACAAUGUAUGUGUUUGUGUCCAGCACCUUUUACCACAUCCUUUCUACUGUAACAUACUAGACGUCAUACUGUAUGUUUGUUAGCCAUAUACUGUAGCUGGGGCAAAUAAAGCAAGGUCAUUCUUCACACUUCUUGAAGAUUAAGAUAAUAUUUUGUACUAUUUACAUUGCACUAUUCCUUUAAAGCAUCUUGUUUUUGAAUUAUGAUAUUGUUAUACUGCAAUUAUUAUUUUACAAUUUUGAAGAGACUGUAAUUCCUGUCUGUUUUUUAAUGGACAGUAUCCUCUGGAGACUGCUAUGUAUUCAAAAUCCACAAUAAAUUUGAAUCAUGGCUGAGCACUA